CAGUUUAAGCAAGGCAUGCACAGCACCAUAACCCAACAUAGGUCGUCGUCACUUUUACUGAUAAAGCAAGACACGAAGAAGAAGAAGGAAUCGAAAAUGAAGUUAACGACGGCUCCGAUCCACGCGGUGUCGAGAUGGGUGAGGAGGCAACCGCCAAAGGUGAAAGCUUUCCUUGCCGUCGUAUUGGGCAUGGCGGCUCUUGUUCUUCUCAGAUUCAUCGUUCACGAUCACGACAAUCUCUUCGUUGCCGCCGAAGCUGUUCAUUCAAUUGGAAUCUCUGUUCUUAUCUAUAAACUCAUGAAGGAAAAGACUUGUGCUGGAUUGUCACUGAAAUCUCAGGAGCUUACGGCGAUAUUUCUAGCUGUUAGGCUCUAUUGCAGUUUUGUAAUGGAAUAUGAUAUACAUACCAUUCUGGACUUGGCUACUUUGGGAACAACUCUCUGGGUUAUAUUUAUGAUCCGUUUUAAGCUUAAAGCUAGUUACAUGGAGGACAAAGACAACUUUGCUCUCUAUUAUGUGCUCGUGCCCUGUGUUGUGCUAGCUGUAUUGAUCCAUCCAUCAACUUCACACAAUAUAUUGAAUAGAAUUUCGUGGGCACUCUGUGUUUACCUUGAAGCUGUGUCAGUUUUGCCACAGUUAAGAGUGAUGCAGAACACAAAGAUUGUCGAACCCUUCACUGCUCAUUAUGUAUUUGCACUUGGAGUAGCAAGGUUCCUUAGCUGUGCACACUGGGUCUUACAGAUUAUGGACACCCGUGGACGCCUGCUUGUAGCACUGGGUUACGGACUAUGGCCAUCAAUGGUGAUUAUCUCAGAAAUUGUCCAAACAUUCAUUUUGGCAGAUUUCUGUUACUACUACGUUAAAAGUGUUUUCGGAGGCCAGCUUAUUUUAAGGCUUCCAUCUGGGGUUGUGUAAGUUACCAAGAAAAAAGGAAAAGAAAACGGAAGAUAGAUACUUGAUGACAUUUGUAACACGAAGAUAGAUCUAAGCAUUAUGUAUUUGAGUACCCCUGAGGUUGCUCUCAAGUUACUCCCUCAGGGAAAAGAAUCCUAAUUCUUUCAACUGUGUUGUAUAUUUUUGUUGGUCAUCAUAGACAAGUCCCUCCCUUGGAUCUUAUCGACAUGAUUUUUCCACUUCACUUUUGUGGUUAGUCCUCCUUUA